AAAAAAUUAAAUUUUUUUAUGUAACAUUCUAAAAUUAAUUAGACUUGUCAGGUGCACGUUUUCAAUGUUAUAAAAAUAUCUUCAAAACCAUAUUCAAAAUGUCCGCUUAAUUCUACUUUUUAUACGGACUGAUAAAAAAAAAUAAAUAUGGACACUGAAUAAACUCGCACAUCAAUCAAUGUCAGGCAAUUGAUAAAAAUAAUUUUCAAUAAAGAAAUAAGGAUGGACAACUUCGACAAAGAACUAGAAGAACUAAGCCUAACAGAAACAAAUUCAUCCUCGUCAUCAAGUCCUGAAAUAUUGGAAGCAAACCAACCAUUUGUAUUAGAACUCCAUGAUAUAAUAAGAGACGAACCGAGAACCGAAACUGUAAAACCAGUGGGUAAAAUUAAGAAGAAGAAGAAAAAGAGAAGUCCACAAGAUACCGACACAAUAGACACAUCCUCUUCCAGUGUCCUCUCUGAUUCGCUUCCAAGAUUAACCGACACUGUUGAAAGAGAUAAAUUCUAUGAUGCUGACGAAAGUUACCAUCAGUUGACAGAUGGUAUCAGUACGGACGCUACGAGCGUGCUACCAUUGGCACCGGCUACAUCCAAACAUAGCCAAGAUCGAACACUACUUACAAAGCAAUCUCAAACGCAGCGCUCCACGGGUUCUCUUCGGAAAUCGUUAUCAACGCUCAUAAAACCCUCAUUACCACCAUAACGGGUAAGCGAAGAAGAUAACUACAAAAUGAAAUACAAGAUCGGUUUUCAGAAAAUAUGAAUAAAACGUUCACGAAGUACAUAGCUUAGCAGAAUAAUAUCAAUAACCGUUUUUAUACAAU